AUGGCUCAAGGUAGCGGCAAUUUUAUCCUGCCCGACAAUCCAGAAAUCAACCCCAAUCCUCAAAACCUUGCGUCAGCGCUCAUUGUAAUUGGAUGGACUGCCCGCAAUUUUAUCACUCAUGGGGGUCCUAUUUCACAAGGCCCGACUGUGCCAGAACAUCGCGCUAAUUUGGAGCACAGGUUAUCUGAUGGUGCUUCAUUGGCCUAUAUGCCAUACAGGCCCUAUGUUCCUUUCACUCCCAGCUCUUUGUGUGAAGGGCAACAUUCUAGCCACACCCAGCGCCGCCCACUCCAUUCCAACCAAUCCUCUGAUUUGACAUUCACUGACUCUUUGUAUUGUCCCGCUGGGUCACCCUCGCGUGCCACCACUCCGUUUAAUCCUCCGUCGAGUCCAAUAGCCGUGUCGCCAGUCACCACUACACAUCCUGAUACCCUGCCUGCAACCACAGUUACCUCUAUCGCACCCAACCCCAUAGUCACACAACACAACAAAGAUUUCAUGGACGACGAACCUCCAUUCCCAACCAAUGAUAGCACUGUGAUGGAUCAAGAUAUGUCAACUGCCCAACCAUCACCAGCCCAUAGUACUGUCAUGGACCAAGACGUGUCAACUGCUCCUCCGUUGCCACUUGUCAACCCUCCAAGCCAUCCACCACCAGCUCACCAUCUUCCUGCCGAUACAUCCCCAUGA